GACUGGACGCCGUGGUGAUUCAAGCUGCCAGGAACAGCUAGCAAAGGAGUUUGUGUGAUCUAAAUAGUCAAAAACAAAAGGAUUUUGAAGAUCUUCUUCAUCCAAAGAUGGAGCUAAGCGGUCGUAUAAGGUAUAAGUGAAUUAUUUGACAGUGUUUCUAUGGAGUAAAAAUAGUGCGUGUGAAUUUUUAAAUUGCUUUUGUCAGCCGCGGUUACGCUUGAACGAGAAUCGGUUUCAAACUUACAACUUACUGAAAUUUACUCGAAAGUUUUUUUCCCGGUGAUCUAAGACGAAUUUGGGACGGCAUACGCCAAUUCGUCCGGUUUUAGUCGUACAGUGAGUUGUGCUUGAAUUCGUCUGGUUUCAUGGGUCCCGGUGAGAAUUCAAGAGUACUGUUUGAGUAUACUGUUCCGAAUACAUCCACGUCUUUGUAAACGCGAAACCUUAACGAGCUGUGAUAAGAGAUCGAUCCAACUUUAAUCUGUCAAUUUCAUUCAUGUUGCUAAAGCUGUCAGCGCGAGUACUCAAUUGAAUAGCUAUAUAGCCUAUAUUGGGCAUUGACAUCAAUCAGACGCUGUAUUGCACAGUACACAUAUCAAAACUUGUGACUGACUGACUGAUUGUAUUGCCUAUUGGGCUCUCUUUUCUGAAAGAAAGUUCAAGAAAUGAUAGAUCCUUUCUGUGAAAUAUUGUCUACUCCGCCGUUAGCCUAGGGUAUACGAUUUUUAAAAUGCACAAACAGCAACUAAAUUUAAAUAAUUAAUCAAUAUUUUUAUAUACUGUUCUUAUAAUAAUAUCAUUGCUGGAUAUCUUCAUUUGACUGCAUUGCUCUCUGCAUCGUAGAUUUCAAGCAUGGCUCACUACAUCACUAUACAUAAAUAUGCUGACUAAAUAACUCAAUAAGUUUGAUGACUUCGUUAUAUUUUAUGUAUACAGCAACGCAUUUCGAUAGAUGAUUUAGAAUAUUUAUACAAUUAUGGCAUUUCUUAUAUAGAAUGGUCUAGAAUUGUUAUUCGUUCAUUUAAAUAUACAGACUCGCUAUACAGACUUUUAGUUUGAGUCCAAGAAAGGCUAAAAGUUUCAAGGCUAUUACUGCAUGAUCUAUAUAUACAGAAGCGGAUAGUUCCUCCCAUUUUCACAAUGACUGAUAGUGAUACAUAAAAAAGAUUCAUUUUUUCUUUUUUACUGAUUUGAAUAUAACGUGAUCGUCAGUCUUAACUGGCUUAGAGAGAUUAGAAAGUUUGCUAUUAUUAUGCCCUAUGUUCGCACAACAUUCAAAAUAUAUUGCGCAAAAAGUUUGACAACAUGUGUCAGAGAUUGAGACCAAUUAUACGAUCAGAGUUUCACAACACCGUCAGCAUCGCAACACUGUCAAUUAGCUAUAGCAACCAGCUCAGCAUGUGAUCUUUUGAUAUUAAUAGCAACUUCAAAUUUGUACUCAAACGCUCUGGAGCGAAUGUCCAAUAUCCAAAUACAUCAUGUAGACUUUGACCUGAAUAUAAGCUGGCUCAAAACACCACCAAUCAAUAUAGGUAUCAUGCACUAAGCACUAUCGUGCAGCGGUUGGUGGCCAACCCGCAGUUAUCAGAGUGAGAAAAUAAUGUUCACUAUGAUUCUUUUCAUUCCAUGUUGUAGUCUUGUAUUUGGAGGGAAAUAAAAUAUAGAAUUGAGAGGUGUAGUUUCAUUCCCUUGUUCCAAGUGUCAGCAUCUGUUACCCAGAAACGCUGACUGAAAACCAUCUAUAGCUUCUCAUUGUAUAAUCUCGAUACAAUUAAGUUAAACUUUGUAAUUCUUUUUCGAAAAUUUCUAAAACCAAUAGAUUAUUAAGUCGUUUAUAGAAACUACAUGAUAUGCUUGAGUUAUACAACCAGGCAAAUAUACAGAUUUAACAAUAAAUCCUUCGGUUAAAAUAGCAAUAUUAAGUCAGUAGGUCUAUUUAGCGAAAGUGAAAACAAUCAAUAACUAUCGUAUUAGAUUUGCGAUAAACCUGACUUGGCGUCUCAACCAGACUUUGAAAAUCCACAGCGGAAACACAGCGUUUGCUUUGUAUUACAAACGCAAACUUAUGUCUACUCGCCGCGCUUUUCACCAGACCUCAUUAUUAACUCAUGAAUAAAUAAAGUUCAAUUUUCGAUCAUUAAUAUUUAAUGCCAACACAUGCAGUAUAGUUACAGCCGACAAACUUGUCAGAUUUUUCGUUUUACACCCUAGUUAAAUGUAACAUAUAUUUCUUCAAAUUUUGUAAAGGGUUUACUUCGGUUCCCAAAAGUGGCGGAGUCCGUUUUUGGUUUUGUUCUUGUUUUGUUUUAUUGUAUUUGUUUGAGAACAACUGUUCAUAAUUUAAAUUCAUAUUGUCAGCUAAAGAACAAUCGAUAUCAGAUUCUCAUUGAAUUAUUUACCGUUGCUGUAAUGAGAUGCAAAAAUAUUAGCAUAUACUGAGUUUCUAUUUUGUCGACUACACUUAAACGGUUGUGCCUGUAUACUGACAAUUUAAAACGCUACCAAUUUCACAGAAACGCGCAAAGGGGAACUGCAGAAGUACAAAAAUGUAAGUUAAAGUUUAUUUCUUGUAAAAAAUAGUGUAGGUUUUUGGCUGAAUUGUAGAUUUUACGAAUUUAUGUGCAAAUUAACGAAAUGCUGUUCACAUGCAAUUAGGGCUUGACACUGUUGCGUUACGCAGAAGAGCAAAUAUAACUAAAAAUGCGCGUUUUUAGUGAGUUGCUACAUCACAUAUCGCUAGGAUGUGUCUUUACAGCGUAGAUAGAAUAUUUUUGUAAUUUCCGAUAAGGAUAUAACGGCGUAUCUCUUAAAGGCGUGUGUUGUCAGGUUGUAUAACGCGCUUUUAAUGAUUAAAAAGACAUCUGCUGUGCAUUCAAAAUCAUUUCUAAUCUUUCCUCAGGAAACAAUAUAGAUGUUGUGUGUAUUAUAGAUAUUUGCAAAGGCCCCAUCCUACGAUAGAUAUAUACGUAUUCUAUGCAUAAGCUGCUGUCAGAAGUACCCGCAAAAGAUUAGGGACAUUUCCGACACUUCAUCGGAGGCUUUCCUUUGUCAGAAGAUUCGCUGGGUGGGACACAAAAAUAUGUGUAUAUCGUAUCAUGCUCACCUUAAGGGUGGCCAUUGCGACCUGUUUCGUUCAAAGGGGAUAGUCAGUUGGAUGAAAUAGGCUGUGGUAUAGCCUGGCUGUAUAGUUCCCUUCCGAUGAAACAGGCUGUGGUGGGCCGGCCAUCUUUGAUGUGAACUAUACUAGCUCUAUCUAAUAUGAUAUCGAGCACGUACUCUCUAGCAUUUUCUAAACCACAAUACACUCGUGUAUAUAAUAUUCUAUAUAUAGUGCAUGUUUAUUAAAAAGUUAAGGAAAUCGCGUCUCUAUAAUAUAUUUCAGACCAGGAAAAAAGUGAAAGUUUGUCGGUAAGCAUUGGUGGAUAUGUCCACAUGUUGAAAGAGUAUGCAUAUAUAGUUGAUUGACACCCUAUAUAUCAAUUUCAAAGAAGAAACUAUAUGAUUUUUACUGAUUCAUUGUUUUGCAAAUUCCACCUGACUUGGCACACAUCAAGGUCCUAAACCUGGCCCUAAACUGCGGUAUUCGUUUCCAGAAAGUAUAAAACAGGCAGAGACUUUCAGUUGCUUCGGGAAUGGAAUGAAGAAAUAUUUAGUAAAUGAAUAGUCAUGCUUUCGUUGUUUUUCUUAAUUGUUUGUUUUGCUUUGAAUAAGCGCCAAGGAGACAUCCGCUUUAUAUGCAUGACUGCAGUUUCUGGAUGUCUCCUUGCCAUCAAUAAUAUUAUUUAUGCAGUUAUAUUUUCUUUGUAUGCUGUGCCGAUCUGUAAAAUUAAUUGUGUCUAUAAACAUUGAUUAAAUUAAAAAGUCUACGACCUAGACGGCUUCACUGUGUAAAAAUCUUUUGAACAUUUCCUAUUUCAACAGCUUGGUUACCCCCAGUGAUUGAACAAGAUAAAAGCCAUUGAAUGAUUACUUCAUUAUGCCAGAAAUUCCAUUGUCUUCACCGCGUGCACAAGUUUACAUAAACACGAACAAAAAGGACUUUCGCAGAAUUUCCACACCAAUAUCUUGAUUGGUUAUAUAUAUACUUACAACAAAUAUCAGGAUUGUUUUGGGCAACUCACUCGAUUCAACUCGAAUGUUGAAGGGUUUGUACCGUAGAUGGAAAUUUCUAGCGGUGUAAAACUGUUUAUACGUUAUCAAUAUAAUUACUCGAACUUUCCAUCCAUACAAAACCCUUAGACAUACUUCCACAAACGUCAUGAGCAUAGAUAUCUUAUAUAAACUAGAUAGCGCAUCUCUUUUAGUAAAAUUGAAGCCAAGAAUAUUCCAGCGGUUACCCCCAUUUGAAUAGAUGGCGGCCAUGUUGGUAGUUCCCACUCGCUAAUAAACGAGUUAAAAAACAACAAUAACUUUCAUCAUUUGAAUAGUUUGAAAAUGUAUUUGGAAUAGGUUUAACUUAAUGUUUAAGUUCCCUGUUUAAGAAAUAGAAAACGUACGAGUCUUCUCAUUUCAUGGGAAUAUCCUGAGUCUGCAAUCACGGCUUCAAUUUUUGAAUUGCAGAAUAAUUAGAUGCACUACCUAGUGUAUAUAAGAUAUCUAUGGCCACUUAUAUUAUUAGGCUACUUAUAUCCCAGAUAUUUAGGAACAGUUAUUAUUUUUAAACAUUUAGGAUUAUAGGAUUUGGAUUAGGGAAAGGGUUAGGGUUAAGAUUAGGGUUAGGAUUAGGGUUAUUUUAAAAUACAAAAGAAUACAAAAUUACAAAAGUCUUUAAUAGUACCCCUUCCUAAAACGUGACAGGUAUAGACAUACUUCCACAAAUGCAUACUCGCCUGAGUCAUGCAUAGAAAACCAAUCAGAAUUCAGAAUGUUCCAAAGAUUGUUCGCAUUCAGUAAAUCUAUAAAAGCUUCUCUGAUUGGCUAUAUUUUCAACCAAUCCCAGUGUUGGUAAUUAAUUUACCACUGAUCAUUGGUUCAUUGGAUUUCAGUUGUUUGAUUUGAACAAGUAUCGAACAACAACAUCACGAAGUUAAAAAGUGUCUGUUUGGUACAAAAUCCAACAGGGGGCUAAACCUGUGAUUGUGAAGCACAAGCUAUAUACAGACGCAGGUACAUAGACGCGUCACAUACUGAGCAGGACGACGCUCGAAUAUCGAAAUAAGCUGAUAAAUACAACAUAGUGCAAUACUUAAAUUUGUUUAUAUUUUGCUGUUCUUCUAAACAGGUAUGUGGUUAAGUAACUACGUAGCGUUAUUGUACAUAAACUGACUAGUGUUUUGGAGAAUUGAAUAUGUUAAAAACACGCUCGAAUAUUUAGCUACAUGUAUAAAAAGGUUCUUUAGGCCUUUUGUCUUAUGCGCUACACUAUAUAAUUAUGAAGUACAACUUUGUGAGACAGGAGUUUAUAUAUCCUUUGUAUUUCUUAUGCGGAAUGACUACGAAAAAUAUUACUCAAUUUACAACAACAAAUUACUUAUAAUGCAGAGAUCCCAAGAAUAGUGCAAACUUUCAACUUACGCUUGUUAUAGAAUGGAAAUACUGCAUGCAACGUUUCUGGCAAGUCCUUAUACUAAGUUGUAGUGCAUUUCAAGUAGAAGAAUAAUGAUUAAACACAGUUGAACCUCUAUUAAACGGACACCUUCAGGAUCUCUUGCUUAAUAGAGGUUGUAAUGACAGUGUUUUAUUAACUUCGGGACCUGAGGCUUGUGGUCCCUUUAAAAGGAUGCCCGCUUAAGAGAGGUAUCCAUUUAUAGGGGUACAACUGCAUUACCUUAUGAACUGAACGGAAAUGUACCCCAAACGACUUGUCAUCAAAUUUUUAAAGUUCCAGCUAUGCCAAUGUUUUGUACGAUUGUCAAUACGCCAAGUCAGUAGGAAAUUAAAAUGAUAUUAAUAUGUUUAAUUAUGUAUUUUUUUAUAAUUCGACACUCAAAUAAUGCAAACUGCACAAAGAGUGUUUUCAUAUGUCGCUAUAGGAGGCAAUUUAGCUGCACGUGCAAGCAUUGUUCUGCCUGUCUGACAUCUUAUGGCCAAUAUAUGCAUGACCUCUUGUUAACCGCCUCUUGUUGUCUUGACGUUUUGUAUACACAGAAUUUGAAUACAAAGAAACUGUCUAACACACGGCUGUAGAUUAUAUUUUUGCGGAGGUUGCCAAUAUUGUUGAAGCUGUCAGCCAGCAGCUCCAGGUCACAGAAUAAGGACACACAGAAGGUCGACUCAGCAAAAAAAAAGCGUAACCGCUGGGCAAUUGCUAGCAGGGCGCUUAUAUAUCUAUAUGAUAUAUAAGCGCCCUGAUUGCUAGAUAGUAUACGUUUCCGUUUUUAUAUCAAUUUUUAAAAUCAUUAAAAUAAGUUAGGGUUAGGUUAGGGUUUAGGUUAGGGUUAGGUUGGGGUUAGGGUUAGUAUUAGGGUUAUGGUUUAGUUUUGCGUUAGGAUUGUUUUUUUCUACGUUAUAAAAAUGGAAAUCUUAUUUUGAAGUAUACUAUCUAGCGAUCACCGUAACCGCUGCCAACGCCAUGAUUCGUCAUCAAAAUGCUGACGCCAUGGUCCUAGCCAGUGCGCCCUUUUGAAUAUUAUCAGGGGGAGAAUGCCUCUCACAGUCUCAAAAUCAUAGGAAAAACCAGGGAAAACCCAAGAAGUUGGUCUUCUAUGUAGUCUCUAUUCUGUGUCAAUAGCUCGCUCUAAUGCAUUCACAUGAAUUCAGUGGCGUAGCUAUUUGGUCCCGCUAUGCAAAUUUCAACUCAUUAUCUGAUUAUCAUUAUCUGAUACUCAUUAUCUGAUUAUUUGCAGAGCGGGACUGAAUCGUCGGGCUGGCUACGCCACUGACAUGAUUUAUGGAGUUGGCCUAUGACUCCAGAAUUCUGUAAUUCAACUACAUUUAGAAGUUUUUAAUUUGGGGUUCUCUAGACUAGAGACAUACAGAAAGAUGACUCAGCCAAAAAAGCUUAAACCGCCGCCACGCCCAUGAUUCGCAAUCAUUCGUCAUCAAAAUGCGUGGCGGAAGUAAUGAAGCGAAAAUUUAACAUGCAAUUAUCUUUUCAUUUCUAGUAGUGAGAGGUAUAAUCCUAUCACCGGCACUCCAGUCCCGGUAUAUCCGACCCGGCCUAAUACAUCCGCUAUUUUUGGAGGAUCCCCUGGAGCCAUUGAAUAUAUGUUCAUACCACCCAACGCUACAACCCGUCCAACCACACCCGACACUACCGAAAAACGCCGAUCCCUAAGCCGAGAAAGUCUACGACGAUCGUUUACGGCUGUUCCCGAAAGCAAACUGGAUUCCGACGAGUAUUCUUCGAUCUCUGACCUCAGCGAGUGUGGCGGCGAGGCCGAGCAUCGUGAAAGGACUAGGACAAACUCGGGAUCGUUUUCCAAAGCACGCAAGCCUAUAGCACGAAGUACGAGCUCGCGUUUACCCGUGUCCGCCUCGAAACCCACCGUGAUGAAACGAGCAAAUAGUUUUACACGCGGGACUGGUAGUUGUGUCACGCGUGGACAAGCUCGCGACUCGCGUGGAUCCACAAACAGUCAACGUGAAUCAAAUUCAACAUCCGAUUUGAGUACUCAACCACGCAGAUCUAGUGUAGGGGAAACGUCCAAAAUUCCAAGAAAAGGUGGAUCCCGGGGGCCGGGACCUCAAAUUCCUCAAUCCUCGCGCAUCCCCCUGAAACGUGCUGAUGUCAAUUCUAACGUGGCUAACCGUGAGAGGUCUGGUAAAGAGACUACUAGUAACAAACGAACUGCGCCUGCAGAUUCCAAAACCAGUGGUAUUCCUGUGAAUACUUCAAGUAAGAAAACCUCAAGUGAAUUGAAAGAACCAUCUGAGCCAGUGAUAUCUAAAGAAAGUGCGCUCAGCGGUAUUCCCGUAAAAGGCGGUAGUAAGGCCCAACAGUAUUCUGGGAGUUCAAGAAUACCCUUUGCAAAACAAGGUGGGGGUGACCCUCGGGGAAAUUUAGCGAAUAGAACUGCAGAACAAAACCAAAAUAUUGACAAAGAGAACGAAAACGCAAUGCAAGGUGGGGAAUCUACGUUGAAACGCGAAGGAACUGGGGAUGAGUUACGAGUUGGCAAAAAUGACGUCGCUAAAUCUAAACUCCCGCGAAAAUCCAGCAUACCGAGAAGUAACGUUGCAAAAACUUCUCAGCAGAAAACGAGAAACAUUUCUAAGACAGAAGUCGAAACAAAAGCAGCUAAAACAAGCCAAAUAACGAAAAACAAAACAACUUCCUUGACAGUUAACAAAAUUAAUGUUCCGAGCUACCGCAGAGAAACGUCUACCGGACCAGCGGAAGAGACGAAUACUUCAAGUACGCUACAACGAAGUGAUUCAGGUUACGGUGAUACAGAUUCGGUCAGCAGUAAAGAAGACGCGCCAGAGCCUGGAAACGAAUUUAUAUUUUCCCGCGAAAACUCGAAGUCGAAAAUUCCCAGAAUGUCUUCGAAGAGUCGAGGUGCAGCGAAGUCAAGCCGAGACGGUUCGACUUGUGACGAAAAGAAGCCGAUGGCAGAUACGAAGAAAGCCGAAAGUACAGUAGCCGAUGCGAAUGGGUUGUUAGAUGGUGCAAGGGGAAAAUUAGAAAACGAGACGCGAAAUAACAAUGAAAAAGAGAUAAAAAUGGCAGCCAGGACAUAUGAAGGCAACAAAGUUUGUUCAGAAACUGACAAAGUGUGGGUUCGUAAAAAUGAAACGAGUCAAAGAUCCAAUAUCUCGGAGAAGAAAGUUGAAAAUGUUGCUAACAAGACUAAAAGUGACAACUGUAAAACAUCGAGCAAAGAGAACCUUGUAGAUGGACUGAGAACGAGCAAGGAUGUUGUGACGUCACAAACUGAGUCACGUGGUUUAGCAAAUAAGGAAGUUGAAUUAGAGACAGACAAUGGUAAGCAGAUACGAGAUGUUUUGGACACUGGCGGUAGUGCUUGUAUACAAAAGCCUGGAAUUCAAGAUGGCGGGUCUUGCAGGAAUAUUGAUGGUUUGGUUAUGCAAAGAAAUGUUUCUUGUGGUGAUCACAAAAAAAUAUUGAACGAUGAAAAAAACAAAGGCGAAAAUAGAGAAAAUAAUAAUGUUGGUAUUAAACUGGAGGGAAUCUUUAACAAAAAGCAAGUGGAUAGUACGAUUCGAAAGCAAUCUAUAGAAACUGUAGCAAGUAUUGACAAUGAAGCUGAGAGUAAAAAUGGUGUGCAGGACAUAAAAACGAGAAAUGACGUUGAAAAGCAAGCUUCAGUAAGUUCAGAGAGGGUAGCAAGCAAAUCAGAAAAAGAGCAGGAAACUGUAGCAAGAAAAAAGCAGUCACCACGAAAACCGCCACGUUUGUCGAAACUUUUGGCCCAAAAUGAGUCUGAAAACAAGCAAGAGUUGUCUGACAUGCGGCAAGUUUGGUCAAGUAACGAAGGAAAUUUGAACAAAGAUGUUAUCUCGGGGGGAAAUGCGGUUGAGAAGCCAAGAGAUACAAGGCACGCGAGAGACUUUGGGAUGUCAAACGGUGUUGGGCUACCUCAAGAUGUGGGACAAGUCAGGGAGGUGGGGGUGGUGGACAAGGUGGACCCUUCUACAACACAAGAGGUUUCUUUGGUGGGAGGUUUGGUGGAGAAGACUGGAGGUGUGGGGGAGCCAGAUGUAGACAAGAGCGAAGAGGUGGGGCAGCUUCAAGAGGAGGGGGUUGAGAAAAAGGAGGACCCCCCUAGAAGGUCCGACAACUGUAUGCAAUGCAGAAUGGAACAAAGCAUGUUAGACGGUGAAGACAUUCCCAAAGACGAUCCAGGGUUUAGACAAUAUCCGACCUUCAUCAGCCCGAGGAAGAGUCUGAUCAUGUGCAAACAUCAUGCUAAACAGAAGGACGACAUGGACAUGCCACGUGAACAACCAGAGCUUGCAAUGACGUCAACGCCAAACACCAAUAACCAGCAAUUAAAUCUUGAGACUUUGCAACAAAAGUCUGAACCAACAGCGAAGAUUCUCAGUUUAUCCUCGGUACUAAAUAACGCUGAAAGAUUAGGUGACACACCAAGGAAUGGCUCAAGCCGCUCAGAAAACUUGAAAACCCCGAAAAAUGCAGUAAAUGCAUCCCGCCAAGUCGAGAAUAAGACUUUACCAGGUCCAAAAGGCACUCAUAGCCCGCUUUUAGCCUUAUCCCGCGACAAGAAAUUCGCCCAAAAUACAAAAACGACCGAAGACAUAAAAACUGCGUUGUCUUUAGAGUGGGAUGACACUGGGACUGAGUUAAGCCCGCCAAAUUUCUCGGACGAGGAGGAGGAGCCUGGGGGGACGUCUGGGGAUCUCGGAGACAAUAGGAGACCGAGUUUGAAACUUAUGAACACAAAUGAAGCAUUAGAUAAAUUGAAGGUUAUUCAGAGUUUGAUUAUGAAGGAAGCCGAGAGUCGAAGUCGGAAAGAGCCGGAGGAAAACGCGGGAAAACACGCUGUCGGUUCCAAGAAGACUGGAAAUGAAUUGGUAGAAAGCACGGGAAAAUACUCGAAGAACCCUGGGAACAAGGUUGGGAACCUUGGCGGGAAAGACUCAUCAUCAAAUCAAGUUUCGCCGACUUCAGAGAACGCUGGUCGAAAAGCAUCCUCGCCUACAAUCUGGGACAGAAUUACAGACAAUUCAACGAUAUCACAAGACCAGACAACAGAACUGUUGAACGAAACUUUAGCGAAACUGAAAGCCAGUCCAAAGUUGAGCAGUAAUGCUUUGGCGAGACGGACUUUAAGCUCGCGUAGUUUGCCUGGGUCGAGGGACGCGAGCAAGGAGCAGUUGCUAAGCGACGGCGAGCGACCUGUGUACGUGUACACCUCGAGUUGGAUGAACACGAGUGGGAAAAACUCGCGUGGGUCCUUGUUAAGUUUGUGCUCGAAUAACCGCUCGCUCCCGAGCUCACGGCAAAAUUUGACUAAAGAACCUGGACUGAAGCGGUCAGAAAGCGCUGCAGGACGAAUGGAAAAAGAAAACGGCAAACGACUUGAACCCAAGGAACGAAAGGAAUACAGACUUAGUGAUUUUGAUGAAAUUAAUUUAUCGGAUGAUAUGAACGAAUUUAGGAGUCAAAAAGCGACCACUCCACACCAAACGCCCGCGGUGGAUAAAAAUAUGGACGGCGAAAAACCUCGUAAAAAGUCGAAGCGUAGUAAGAAAAAGUCUAAAAAUACGGCAGCGACUACGAACAAUUUGCCAGCAUAUGGCGUCAGCAUGGAGGAUUUGGCGGAAGGAAAAACUAAAUGUCAGUGCACUGGAAACAGAUGUGUUAUCUCGUGAAUUGAAUGUUUUUUUUGAAAUAGACUUAAUCAACAUGUUUAUCACCCAAUUCACAUUUUCAACUCACAUGCCAAUCCUGGACAAAACAUCUGCGACACUUGCAAUAUCUGACCAACUUUCGUAAUAUUAUCGCGGAUUUAAAAAAUCUCCCCCACCAUUCAUUGUUGAUUGCAUUCCCAGAAUACGGUUAAAGCAAUUGUAAUACGUACAACAUUGUUGGGGGGGGGGGGGGGGACGAGUAAAUUAUUCCGGUCUAUCAGUAAAAAACAGCCACAGAGGAAUGCUUUAACUUUUAAUAGAGUGUCGCUGGUGGUUUUGACCAGGAUUGUAAUUACCACUGUUCUGAUGAUUUGAGCAUAGAAUGAAACAAAGGUAACCAAACAUUUAAAUUAUAUUAUAUGUAUGUGAGUGAAUUGAUAACUCACAUGCCUAGUUACCGUUCUGAUAAUGUAAAUUAUAUAUGUGAGUGAAUUGGGUGGAAUUAAUUCAAUAUUACGUUCGAUCCAGUUAAAUAUUCGAGGUCAGUACAAUUAUAGUUGGUUAAACAAGUUUCAAAUAUUUUGAAUUUAUUUAAAUUUGAAACGGCUGAUAUUAUCACUGGGCUUGAAAAGGGAUUAGAUUAAACGGCUAAAAUAACUAAAUACUGAAGGUUACUGUAAGCUGAAGAGUUUAUGUGCAUUGAUGGCAGGCUUUAAUAAAUAAGCGUUCAGAAAAUGAUGGUCAACUUCACUCAGAG